UUAAACAAACUUAGGAUUAUCCAACUUGAAAGCCAUAAUUGCCGGUAAUCCCAUACAUUCAAUAGCAACAAUAAGGUCAAGACCUAUUGUCCACCAUGGUUACAGCAGACGAGAAGCAUACACAAAUUCAUAUACGCGGUUUCUUUCAGAACUAAAUCUAGAAUUUUUCGAUAAGAAUGUCUCGCAUGGACAAGCCAUUUGGUAACCGUCCUUACGAUAGACAAGGACAGCGCUUCAGUAAGCAUGGCCCCGUUCGUCCGCAUGGAACAGAUUAUAACUACGAGCCUCCUCGACGAAUGUUGGUGGCUUUGAAACAAGGCAUGAUGCAUCCAAAACCACCGACGUACCGUAGAAUGGAUAUGGAUAGUUUUUUAAGGAAACUGCCGAUUGAGCAUUCUAGGACUUCUACUUCAAGAAGUGCAGAUGAUUUCAAGAGCGCCUCUAUAACUUUAUUCAAGCCGGCAGAGAGGCCCUUGUCUGGAACUAGAAUUACAGAAACAGGACGAAAUCUUCAGUCUAGAGGAUAUAACCCACUCGAGACAGGUGGGACGGCAGAGUUUUUAAAACAAAAUGAAGACGAAAGAAAUUUUCAAGAAGAAAUGGAAUACAGAACCAGUACAGGACACCCGUCAGCGCGUUACGAUCCUAGAGAGGCUUACACGUACAUGCCCGAAGCUUAUCUGGCAAAAAGCGCACAAGAGAUGAGAUUUAAUGGAUACGCAGCUAGAUAUCUUGCACCAAGGUUAUCAGGAGGCUGGAGGUACUCAUUAAGACAAGAACCCUUUGUAGAUUUGCGUGGUCAAAGGCCUAUCCCAGCUACUAUCUAUAGUCGUUAUAGAAGUACUCACCCAUUAAUAAGCGUAUCCUCUCAACCAUGGAAGUGAAAGUAGAUUUUCAUUCUCAACUGGAAACCAGGAAUAAUUACACCAACGUACAAUCCUUAAUAUUAGAAAAGAAAUGCUAUGAUGCUACGCUCAUUGCUACCUUGUGGAAGAGCUCUGACCAACAAGUUCAAUUGUUAAAAUUUAGUUUUUUUAUUAUACAGUUUAAGUAUGUUUUAUUAUCAUUUAAAACAACAACUUGAGAGUGUAACAAUGUAAAUAAGACAAAAGUGUUAUUAGCGUUUGAAAAUAAAGACAACGUUCUGGGAAAUCAGAAA